AGGAAGCCGCCAUCUUGGAGCGUCGAGUCGCCAUAACAAGGCACCGGGGGAGCGAGAGGAUUUUGUACCUGGGCGAGGGGGAGCGCGGCUGGUGGCGAUUGAAGCAAGUGAAUUGUGAUAUAACUGAACUUCAAUAGAGGGCUUUUUUUAAAAAAAAGUUGUUCCACAGUGCAUCAGAGCAAGUUACUGCUUUACUUUUGAGUGACUUACAGGUGCUUGCCUGCAUUGCAAUAAAGGACUCAUAUAUUGAGCAAGACUUAUUUAUCUCUUCAUUUUGGAGAGUCUAAUAAACUGUUAUUACAGUUUCUGUACUGACUUUCAAAGUUUUGAAGUCUAAAAAGACAUCUUUAAAGAUAAAAGCAUGAGCACGGCCAGAACAGAGAACCCUGUUAUAAUGGGUCUAUCCAGUCAGAAUGGGCAGUUGAGAGGCCCUGUAAAACCCAGCGGGGGCCCAGGAGGUGGAGGCACACAAACUCAGCAACAGAUGAACCAGCUGAAAAAUGCCAACACAAUCAAUAAUGGCACUCAACAGCAAGCACAGAGUAUGACCACCGCUAUUAAACCUGGUGAUGACUGGAAGAAGACUUUAAAACUCCCUCCAAAGGAUUUGAGAAUCAAAACUUCGGACGUGACCUCCACAAAAGGAAAUGAGUUUGAAGAUUACUGUUUGAAACGGGAGUUGCUGAUGGGAAUUUUUGAAAUGGGCUGGGAAAAACCAUCUCCUAUUCAGGAGGAGAGCAUCCCCAUUGCUUUAUCUGGUAGGGAUAUCUUGGCUAGAGCAAAAAAUGGAACAGGCAAGAGUGGAGCCUACCUCAUUCCUUUACUUGAACGGCUAGACUUAAAGAAGGACAAUAUACAAGCAAUGGUGAUUGUUCCCACCCGUGAACUAGCCCUGCAGGUCAGUCAAAUCUGUAUCCAAGUCAGCAAGCACAUGGGAGGUGCCAAAGUGAUGGCAACAACGGGAGGAACCAAUUUGCGAGAUGACAUAAUGAGACUUGAUGAUACAGUGCAUGUGGUGAUAGCUACCCCUGGGAGAAUUCUCGAUCUCAUCAAGAAAGGAGUAGCAAAAGUUGAGCAUGUCCAGAUGAUAGUAUUGGAUGAGGCAGAUAAAUUGCUGUCUCAAGAUUUUGUUCAAAUAAUGGAAGACAUAAUCCUCACACUACCUAAAAACAGACAGAUUUUGCUCUACUCAGCCACUUUUCCUUUGAGUGUGCAGAAGUUCAUGAAUUCCCAUUUGCAGAAACCGUAUGAGAUAAAUCUGAUGGAGGAGCUGACCUUGAAGGGAGUUACUCAGUACUAUGCCUAUGUCACUGAGCGUCAGAAAGUGCACUGCCUCAAUACACUCUUUUCCAGGCUCCAGAUUAACCAGUCGAUCAUUUUCUGCAACUCCUCUCAACGGGUUGAAUUGCUAGCCAAAAAGAUCUCCCAGCUGGGCUAUUCCUGCUUUUAUAUCCAUGCUAAAAUGAGGCAGGAGCACCGCAAUCGUGUAUUCCAUGAUUUCCGAAAUGGCUUGUGCCGCAAUCUCGUUUGCACUGAUCUGUUUACCCGAGGUAUUGAUAUCCAGGCUGUGAAUGUGGUGAUAAAUUUUGAUUUCCCAAAGCUGGCAGAAACUUAUCUUCAUCGCAUUGGCAGAUCAGGUCGCUUUGGUCAUCUUGGCCUGGCCAUCAACUUAAUCACCUAUGAUGAUCGAUUCAACCUGAAAAGUAUUGAGGAACAGUUGGGAACUGAAAUUAAACCCAUACCAAGCAACAUCGACAAGAGCUUGUAUGUGGCAGAAUACCACAGUGAACCUGUAGAAGAUGAGAAACAGUAAACAUGCAGGCUUUGAUUACACAUGCCAGAAGGUGAAGCCCUAUGAUCCAGAUCUGUGACACAUCGUUUCUUUGGGGAUACCCUUCUCUUUGUGGGUUUUUCUUCAUCUUUUCAUUUCGGAACUAUGAAGACUAAAAGAACUCGGCCUUUUUUUCUCUUUAAAUUUGGCAGCAAGGAAGAAAGAAGAUAAAAGGAAGAAUGUCUUUUUGUUUUUCCACUUUUUGCACUGUGUGCUGAUUGAACAUUAGUUGCACUAACUGCUGGUUUUAAAUUUUGUUUUCUUUGGGCGGGAGGGUCAGCAAGGGAAGAAGAGAAACCCUGAAAAGAGAAGAAUCUUGAUGAACAC